GGCGGGUAAGAGUGACAGGGCAGGCGGUGUGGUGCUUGAGUGGAAUCCCACCAGUACUUAGAAAUCAGUAGCCGGUUCUGCUGCCGUCCCUCUCCUUCGCCAUCUUUCCUUUCAACUGCCAUCUUCAUCCUCGUGCCCCGCCAUCCAGCAGCGAGCAACAACAUCUAUUCCAUCGCAAGGCUCAUUUGAUUUGCUGGCUUGGCGUGGGAGUCUACACCCAGCCGACCAACUUCCGCUUGCCCAAUCCAACUGGCCAAAACACGAUGGCCCUUUCAAAGCAGUCUCGCCGCCAUAGAUCCUCUUCAGAUCCCUUUUCUGACCCAACCACCAUCUCCUACUCAUCUUACGGUGUUCCCACUCUCUCCAGAAACGCUCCCCCCUCUCAUCGACCACCCCCUCCACCCCCCAAACCACCUAGAACUGCCCCAGGCAGAUAUCAACCAUCUACAAUGAAUCCUGCUGAUGCUAUCCAAGAAGUCGUCACAGUGAGGCGUAUUGAUCAGAAUCCUCGUACUAGAAUGAGUCGAAGUCAGACUCAAGCUCCCCCACCAGCAUCCAGUUCCAGACCAGUCCCCGGACCACCUCGUCGCUCUUUAUCGCAAGAUUCUGCUGCACCCGUCAACAAUACCGUAGACAAAGCGAAAUCGGCCACUCGCAAACCACCUGCGAAGAAGGGUUCCUCACACGCCGAUGUGAUUGACAGGUUGGACUUUUCUGGUGUUGGCCCUAUGUUCCACCAUGAUGGUCCUUUCGAUGCAUGUGCACCCUCUCGUAACCGACACCGCACCAAGGCCCCCAUGCUCGCAUGGAGCGCUGAAAACGAAGAGGAUAGGAAUGCCCUGGCCGCAGCUAGAGAGAUACCCCCUAACUCAUACCAGUCUCCUUACCCCUCACCGGGUGUAUAUGCCCCUUACGAACCGCCGAAGAAGAAGCGAGAUGCUAUAGCCGAAGCUUGGGGUAUUCAUGAGCCAGAGCCAUUUGAGGACUUUUCUGCAGGCGGAGGCUAUUCCAACCAGACCGGAACUGAUUACGGCACUGUCGCCCCGCCCUCCCGGAACGGCAAUGGCACAACCACUCGUCGUCCCAAAGAUGCUCGCGAAGCUCGAGACAAAUACAAGGAGUACCUGGACGAGGGUCAAGCUCCCGCCGCGCGUCGGCAGCAGACGAAGCGAUCUCCGCUUCCCCCUCCUCAACCAAUUUUCGUGCCUGAGGGAGAGUUGGAUACCAAUCCUCCACCGUCUCCUCCAGCGUCACCCGGAGCAGUGAAGCGUAAUAGGUCCAUCAUGCAUCGCAUACGCAAGAUGCGUGAUGCACCCAAUGUACCUGUAGGCUAUGACGAGUUCUCAAACGGCGGCCGCUACGUCUCAAGCGCAUGGCCAAGGCGCUCCAAAUAGGCCCACACAUCGCUCCCAGAAUUCCUUCCUUGGUCGUCUUGGCCGUGGCGCAAACGGCGCGACUAAGGAGGGUAACUCCCCAACAUCUGAUAGCUCAGAGCCUUAUGUGUAUAUCGAUAAUCAUGCCCGACAGAAGGACAAGUCUCUCCCUGCUACUCCAGGGAAAGGUGGCACGCAGCCUGGCGAGUACACAGGGGAUUACUUCGAUCAAGCUGCCGGCGGCUAUGUUGGAUCCCCUGGUGCAGGACUUGGUCGCAAGACGAGUCUGCUGAAGAAGAUGAAGGGCGUCGUCAAGGGCGCGAAAUAAUUCCAAUUUCCCCAG